AACGCGGAAGUGAGCCGUGCCGCGGCCGGGGCUGCAGUCGGAUCCUGGGGGGAUGGAGGGGCCCGGAGGCCGGGGAGAGCCGGCAUUGGGGGGCCGGGCCCUGUGAGCGGCCCAGGGCCUUGCUGGGGGUGGCCGCCGUGUCUGCCUGGGGGCCCCGGGCUGAGCUUAGUGCCGAGGGCCCGGCAGCGAGGCGCCGAGCGGCCCCGGGGCGGGGGGGCUGUAGGCCAUGGCCACCCGGCGUCUCACGGACGCGUUCUUGUUGUUGCGGAACAACGCGGUGCAGAGCCGGCAGCUGCUGGCCGAGCAAGUGAGUAGUUACGGCUCCUCCAGCCUUCUGGGUUCACGUAGCAUGGCUGCUGCGGAGCUGGAUGAGCUUGCUGAUGAUCGUAUGGCACUGGUAUCAGGAAUCAGUUUAGAUCCUGAAGCAGCAAUUGGAGUAACAAAACGCUUACCUCCCAAAUGGGUUGAUGGGGCAGAUGAAAUCCAGUAUGAUAUCACCAGGAUUAAACAGAAGAUGAAAGAAUUAGCCAGUCUUCAUGACAAACAUCUAAACAGGCCAACGCUGGACGACAGCAGCGAGGAAGAAAGGGCAAUAGAAAUAACAACUCAAGAAAUCACACAGUUAUUUCACAGAUGCCAGAGAGCAGUCCAGGUCUUGCAGAGCAGAUCCCGUAGUUGUACAGAACAAGAAGCACGUGUUCUCAGGAAUGUAGUAUCUUCCUUAGCACAGUCCCUUCAGGACCUAUCCACCAACUUUAGGCAUGCACAGUCUGACUAUCUCAAACGCAUGAAGAAUAGAGAAGAAAGAUCCAAACACUUUUUUGACACCUCAGUCCCACUGAUGGAUGAUGGGGAGGAUGAUACACUUUAUGACAGGGGUUUUACAGAUGAUCAGCUGGCACUGGUGGAACAAAACACAUUAAUGGUGGAAGAGCGGGAGCGAGAAAUCCGUCAGAUUGUUCAGUCCAUCUCUGAUCUCAAUGAAAUCUUUAGGGACCUGGGAGCAAUGAUAGUAGAACAGGGAACAGUUCUAGAUAGAAUUGACUACAAUGUUGAGCAGUCAUGUAUGAAAACUGAAGAGGGUCUAAAACAACUACAUAAGGCAGAGCAAUAUCAAAAGAAGAAUCGGAAGAUGCUUGUAAUUCUAAUUCUGUUUGUUAUAGUAAUUGUCCUUAUUGUUGUUCUUAUUGGUGUAAAGUCACACUAGGUUUCACUUCUUAUUUUUGGAGCUUAUGUAAACUUUUUUCCCCCAUGUGAAUGGAUGGACCUGCACUCCAGAAAGCUGCCUUUGAAUGUAUAGGCCCUUGUGGUGCAAAGUCUGUGCAAUGUUUCUGUAGAGUUCUUCUUCAAAGUACAAGUUUGGUGAUCUGUGAGGUGUUUGUAAGGAUUAUGUGGAGAAUGUCAGGAAACUUGAUGCUCCCACUCAAAUAAUUUGGCACUCUUUCUGGAGGUAGAUGGAAGCACAGUACUUUGAAGUACAAAACUGAAGGUUACCAGUGAGUACAGUAAUUUGUGUGUUACUGAGAACAAAAAUGUGUUGUCUUCUGUAUUCUUAUGUCAGAAUUGCUACAGGCUUCAAACUUAAACCAUGUUACUGAAUUGUGAGACUGGAUAACAAAAAUUGAUCUAGACACGAAAUGUGGUGAGGCAUAAAUUUUUUUUACUUUGUCUCCAGACUCCAAAGAACUGGACAGACAGCUAAAAAAGCUUUUUAGCAACCAGAAAGUAACCCAACCCUUGUGAUCUUAAUUUAGAUACUAGUACUUAAUCUUGUAAAUAACAAGAUGUAAUCACUGGCAUCAUUUAACAUGUUUAGUUAAUUAAAAAAUUUUCUUGAGCUUGAGUAAUCAUGGGAAUGUUUUUCCUCACCAGUAUGAUCAUAGAUAUUUUUUCAUGCCCAGUUUCUUUGGAAUAAAGUAAAGACAUCACAUUAAAGCAGUGGUGAAGUUAAACAAAAAAAUAGACAUUCUUCUUUUGUCUUUCUAUUCCAUCUGGCCUACUAUAGUAGGUCUCAGAUGUUUCCUACUUUAGUUGUUGUGUAAGCUGUUUAUUUUACUGUGCAUCUGUCCAUACAUGUUAUGGUUUUUUUAUGUAAGUGACUUCACUACAGUAAACAUUACAUCCCUUUGUCCUGACAGAAGAUUUUCUUUCAAAUGCCUGCCUGGAACAGGAUGUGUUUAUGGUCUUUUACUGACCAUGAAAGGUAUCAUGCAAAUGACAUGUUACUAGUCCUUCCAUAGAGAAUUGGGUUUUUUCCACUAUUUUUUUCAGUGGAAGACUUUGCUCUAAGCCAUAAAAGAAAAAUUAGGGCAACAUGUAAGUAAUAGAAUACUCAUGAUUUCAUUCAGGCCUGAAGUGGUGUGCAAUUGUACAGGUCUUGCCUUAAUAUUUUUAAUACGGCUUUUCUGUAUGGAUUGUUUUUUCCCCCAAAAAAAGAACUGUAACUUAUUUCCUGCGUUUUCUGACUGAUACAGUGCUCUCCAUAAACUUGGAGAGAUGUUCUGCUCAAAGCCCCUGAAGUGCAGUUUUAUAAUAAUAUAUUGAUGUUGCAUAUGUUGCCUGCCAUGACUUUAUCUUUACUGGAGGACUUUAAGAUGUGGCUGUAAACUGACUUGGUGCAGGAAUGGUCCUGGAAGCAAAGACUACAAAGACCUGAAAGCCUUGGCUUUUUGUUGGUUUAUUGUGAAAAGCUUUGUACCACUCUUGUUACCUCGAAACAAAGGGGAUGCUGAACUUCCAAAACUGCUGGUUCAAAUACUUGAAUUAAAAAAGUAAAUUGGUAAAAGAACGAUGCAUGAAGUUGGGUGUGCAGCUCCCCUGUUCUGGUAAUAGAUUUUAUUCAGUGAUCAUGAGUAAAACUACUGUCUCCCUGGUGUGCUGUCUGCAUCAGUUGGUGUGAAGCAGCAUAUUGCUAUAAUUUAAUAUACUGUAUUUGCAACUUUCUAACAUGAGAUUGUGUUAUUUAUUUCUGUCUUGACUGGUGCUUUUGACAUUUUAUCAUGGCUAAUGAAUUCAAAGAAGUAAUAAAACACUUCCAACCUAAUUGGGGAAUUAUUUAUUUUUAAAAGUACAAACUGAAACAGACUUCUGUCAAGUUAAUGUGUCUCUAUAUGCUCUUCAUAAUUAAAUGAAAUCAGUAGUGACAUGAAAUAGCUUUUGGAAAAAAGGUAUGUAAAUUUCUGUAGCACAAUGAAACUCACAUUGUCAAGAGUUAUUUCCCAUGAGUUAUGUCCAUGGUAUUGUAACAAGUAACUGGCUACAUAUUUUCCCUCCACACUCUGUAAAAGUAAAUGCAUUUUUAAUAUUCAUUGUACAAGAGGUUAAACUGUCAACUGUCUUGUGUAAUUUAGCCUGGAACAUAUUGAAGCUGACUAUACCCAGGAAAAACCCCUACAAAACAACUUUCAGAUGCCUGUCUUGUUACAGUUCAGUCUAAAUGAUUACCAGCAGCCCAAUCAAACCUUCAUGCCGUGCUUUGUAAAAAUCUCUACAUGAAGUGUUACAGAAUCCAUACCAUCUGUGCUACUGAGCAGUGAAAGACCAGAAAAGCCAAUGCAGAGGGGGAGCAGCUUGGCUUUUUAAUAGUGGAUGCUGCCUACUCAGGUGUUACAGGACCAAGAGCUGCCUGAACUCCAGCCUGCACUUCUGCCUGGCCCUGUCCUCACCUCUGCAGCCCAACCUGGGUCCCUCUUCUGCAGGUUGGGGCCUGGGUGGUUGCUGGAUUCUGCUCAGCUUGCAUUGAACCUCUGAUUCCUUCCAAAGUGCAAGUGGAAACGGCAUAACCUGAACAAAAGAGCACUGCUAGAGCAUCUCCCAGGAAUCUGGGACUCCUCACCUGGUGGGAAUAACCUAUAAAGCUGUUGCCUUUUACAGAACUUCUCAACUGAAACACAACGAGGGAAGGAUGGAGGGUUAGGUGGAUGUUUCCUCCAUGGUUGACCUUUCAGAAAAUGUGGAUUUGGGAACAGCACUGUAUUGACAUUCUUGAAGUAGCAGGAAUAGUGGAAUUUGUACUUUGACUGGGAGUUUACUGCCUGAUGAAUCUUUGAAUAUCUCAAUUCUGAAAUAAUUAUUCUGCGUGAUUGUCUCCUGUAUCUCCCACACUGUCCAUCUGUACUGGAAUAACAGUGAACCCCUAAACAGUUUAUGUUCUGUGGCUCAGUAAAGAGACUCA